GAUAAAGUGGCGCCCCCAACGCACAGGAGCCGUCCCUGGGCCCCCGCCCCGGCGCGGAGACCAACGUGGACCUCCAGGGAUGGGAGGCCGCUCUGGCCUCAAGCGGUGCCACUCGUUGGUAGACGGGCCCGAGGGAGCCCCUCUGGGCGCGGCGCCGCUGAGCUGCUCGAUGCUCCGGCCGGAAGUGCUCUUCACCGCCUGCCUCCCACCCGGCUCUCUGGUCCCGGCGGUAAGAUGGCGGCUGCCGCGGAGUGCGAUGUGGUAAUGGCGGCGACCGAACCGGAGCUGCUCGACGACGAAGAAGCAAAAAGAUAUGUGUCCUAAAAAUGCUAGCUAUUAUGGUAAUCGAGCAGCCACGUUGAUGAUGCUUGGAAGGUUCCGGGAAGCUCUUGGAGAUGCACAACAGUCAGUGAGGUUGGAUGACAGUUUUGUCCGGGGUCAUCUACGAGAAGGCAAGUGCCACCUCUCCCUAGGGAAUGCCAUGGCAGCAUGUCGUAGUUUCCAGAGAGCCCUAGAACUGGAUCACAAAAAUGCUCAGGCACAACAAGAGUUCAAGAAUGCUAAUGCAGUCAUGGAAUAUGAAAAAAUAGCAGAAAUGGAUUUUGAGAAGCGAGAUUUUCGGAAGGUUGUUUUCUGCAUGGACCGUGCCCUAGAAUUUGCCCCUGCUUGCCAUCGCUUCAAAAUCCUCAAAGCAGAAUGUUUAGCAAUGCUGGGUCGAUAUCCAGAAGCACAGUCUGUAGCCAGUGACAUUUUACGAAUGGAUUCCACCAAUGCAGAUGCUCUGUAUGUACGGGGUCUUUGCCUUUAUUAUGAAGAUUGUAUUGAGAAGGCGGUUCAGUUUUUUGUACAGGCUCUCAGGAUGGCUCCUGACCAUGAGAAGGCUUGCGUUGCUUGCAGAAAUGCGAAAGCACUCAAAGCAAAGAAAGAAGAUGGAAAUAAAGCAUUUAAGGAAGGAAAUUACAAGCUAGCAUAUGAACUGUACACAGAAGCCCUCGGGAUAGACCCCAACAAUAUAAAAACAAAUGCUAAACUCUACUGUAAUCGGGGUACGGUUAAUUCCAAGCUUAGGAAACUAGAUGAUGCAAUAGAAGACUGCACACAUGCAGUGAAGCUCGAUGACACAUAUAUAAAAGCCUACUUGAGAAGAGCUCAGUGUUACAUGGACACAGAGCAGUAUGAAGAAGCAGUGCGGGACUAUGAAAAAGUGUAUCAGACGGAGAAAACAAAAGAACACAAACAGCUCCUAAAAAAUGCACAACUGGAACUGAAGAAGAGUAAGAGGAAAGAUUACUACAAGAUUCUGGGAGUGGACAAGAAUGCCUCUGAGGAUGAGAUCAAGAAAGCAUAUCGGAAACGGGCCUUGAUGCACCAUCCAGAUCGGCACAGUGGAGCCAGUGCCGAGGUUCAGAAAGAAGAGGAGAAGAAAUUCAAGGAAGUUGGAGAGGCCUUUACCAUCCUCUCUGAUCCCAAGAAAAAAACUCGUUAUGACAGUGGACAGGACCUGGAUGAAGAGGGCAUGAAUAUGGGUGAUUUUGAUGCAAACAAUAUCUUCAAGGCAUUCUUUGGAGGUCCUGGGGGCUUCAGCUUUGAAGCCUCUGGUCCAGGGAAUUUCUUCUUUCAGUUUGGCUAAUGAAGGGCAACCACCAGAUCCCAGAAAAUGCAGACUCACUCAGUUCAACCUCGAAUGUGGACACAAUUCACCUCCUUCCUUCAUCAUGUCUCUGUGUACUUAGAGCAGUUUCGUUUUCUCAGUUGGAUGCCUGUGUCUGUGAGUGUGGUGAAGGAAAGGGAGCCAGCGCCCAAGACUGGGGAGGGGAGGGAGGUGGGGGGUGGACAGGGAGGCGGCUUGUGAAUUUUUGUUGUACUGUUUAACUUUAUUAAAAAAGGAAAAAAAAAAAGAAUAAAAUAAAAUGUUUUGACCCUUUCUGGCCCUUUGCUUUGG